AUGCGCGCCUCUACCAUUGUCGCUGCGCCAUUCGUGGCCGCCGCUAUGGCUCAGAGCACGAUAACAGCGACCGUUUCUAAUAGCUCGACUACCGUAACUACUACUUACGUCUACUCGAACCCUGCGACCACUCUGCUCACCCAGACCAACUCUGUCGGUAUCAUUACUGGCCAACCAAGCGCACCUUCCGUCUUCACCUCUCAGCCAUCGGUCGCUACGAUCCCAGCUGGUCUCCCCAUCGGCGUCACAUCCCUCGCACAGAACAUCAGCGGCCAUCUUACAUACUUCACCGUCAGCGUCGGCAGCUCGACCACGACUGUCAUUGGCGGUGUCGCGACAGCGCCCGCUGCUGCGACUGGCUCCUCCGGCUCCGGUUCAUCAGGCUCAGCCGCUAGCGGCAGCGGUGCUUCUGCCACUGCUCGCAGCAGCGGCGCUGCAUCCGGCACAGCAUCAGGAGCUGCCAGCUCUAGCAGCGCUGCCUCCGCUGCCAACAACGUCCAGAUGGCAUCUGCUGGCCUCCUCGGCCUCGGUGCUCUCUUCGCUGUUCUCUUGUAG